AUGAUACAAUGGGGCCCCAAGGUGCCGUGCUGGUCGCUGCCCAAGGUUGUGGCUGUCGUGACUGGUGGUUUCCUGCUCUUAGCCGGCAUCGGAGCCAGCGUGUGGGCCAUUGUGACGUCUGUGCUGGGGAGCGACAGGGAAGGACUGUAUGGUGUCCAGGUCAGUUCGGCCGACCUCCGGCUCACACUGUACGAUGAGAGUGAGAGCAAAUGGCGCCUCAUCUGCUCCACCUCCUCCAAUGCCCUGGUGGCUGCGCUGAGCUGUGCAGAGAUGGGCUUCGUCAGGUCUCUCUGGCACUCGGAGCUGGAUGUGGAGCACGCGGGCACCAAUGGGACAUCGGGAUAUUUCUGUGUGGAUGAGUCUCGCCUGCCCCUGGCCCAUAGACUCAGUGAGGUCGUCUCCAUCUGCGACUGCCCGACGGGCCAGUUCCUUGCGACUCUCUGUCAAGACUGUGGACGCAGGAAGUUGUCUGUUGACCGGAUCGUGGGGGGCCAGGACGCCAGUCUGGGCAAGUGGCCAUGGCAGGUCAGCCUGCGCUACGACAGCACCCACCUGUGCGGUGGCUCCAUCAUCUCCAGCGAGUGGGUUGUCACUGCUGCACACUGCUUCCCUGAGAGAAACCGGGUGGUGAGCCGCUGGCGGGUUUUCUCAGGCGCCAUCUCUCAAGUGCCCAGCAGGGGGCAGCAGGUGGGGGUGAUGGGCGUGGUGUACCACGCGGGCUACCUGCCCUUCCUGGACCCCGACAGCGAGGAGAACGGCAACGACAUCGCACUGGUGCACCUGGCCACGCCUCUCAGCUUCACCGAGGACGUCCAGCCCGUCUGCCUCCCGGCGCUGGGGCAGCCCCUCCUGGACGGCAAGGUCUGCACCGUGACCGGCUGGGGCAACACCCAGUACUACGGGCAGCAGUCUGCCACCCUGCAGGAGGCCUCCGUGCCGAUCAUCAGCACCGCUCUGUGCAACUCGCCCGAAUACUACAGCAACCAGAUCCGCCCCCGCAUGUUCUGCGCUGGCUACGCUGAGGGUGGCACCGACGCCUGCCAGGGUGAUAGCGGGGGUCCCUUUGUGUGUGAGGACGGCAUCUCCCGCACCCUACGCUGGCGGCUGUGUGGCGUGGUCAGCUGGGGCACCGGCUGCGCCCUGCCCCAAAAACCGGGGGUCUACACCAGGGUCGGCGCCUUCCACGACUGGAUCCACCAGGCCAUGAAGACUCACUCCCUGGCCAGCGGGAUCGUUUCCCAGCACUGA